UGGCGGGGUGGCGGCAGCCUCCGGCUCGGGCAGUCCGCUCGGCUCCCGGGGCAGCGCCCAGCCUCCCUCCCUCAGCCUAGUGACCGCCUAGGGGCUCUUUGGUUCGAACUAGGGAGCACCCUCGGGACUGAAUAAGCUUCACAGGACCAAAGAGAAGAACAAAAUGGAAAAUACGCUAAUUUGGUUGAUAUUUUUCACCCUUGGGUGGACCCUCACUGAUGGAUCAGAGAUGGAACAGGAUUUUAUGUGGCAUUUGAGAAAAGCACCCCGGGUUGUCAGUGAAAGAACUUUCCACCUCACCAGCCCCGCCUUUGAGGCAGCCGCCAGGAUGGUGCUAAAGAAGGCGUGUGGCAUUGAAUGCCAGAAAGAGCGCCCAGCCCCCAGCCUGUCGGACCUGGAGGAGUCUCUCUCCUACGAGACGGUCUUUGAGAACGGCACCCGAACCUUGACCAGAGUGAAAGUCCACGGGUUGAUCCGUGAGCCAACCCCAAACAUCACCACCAGAAGAGCGGCCGUUAGGAGGAAGAGACAGGUGUACGGCACAGACAGCAGGUUCAGCAUCUUGGACAAAAGGUUCUUAACCAAUUUCCCUUUCAACACGGCGGUGAAGCUGUCCACGGGCUGCAGCGGCACGCUCGUCUCCCCCAGCCACGUCCUCACCGCGGCCCACUGCGUCCACGACGGGGAGGACUACGUCAAAGGGAGUAGGAAGCUUAGGGUAGGGUUGCUGAGGACGAGAAAUAAGGGAGGUGGCAAGAAACGCAGGGCCUCCCCGAGGAGCAGGCGAGAAGCGGAGGGCGGGGAGCAGAGCGAGGGCGGCAGAGAGCAGGGCAAGGGGCGCGCCAGGGCUGGAAGGAGGAGAAAGGCAUCUGUUCGGGGUCCGGGACUUGCUGGGGGCAGGCCCUCCUUCCAGUGGACCCGGGUCAAGCAUACCCACAUCCCCAAGGGCUGGGCGACAGGGGGGAGAAGGGACGCAGCCUUGGACUAUGACUACGCUCUCCUGGAGCUGAAGCGAGCUCACAAAAAGAGAUUCAUGGAAUUAGGAAUCAGCCCAGCCAUCAGGAAGCUGCCGGGCGGCAUGAUCCACUUCUCAGGAUUCGAUCAGGACCGAGCAGACCAGCUGGUCUACCGCUUUUGUAGCGUGUCCGAGGAAUCCAAUGACCUCCUCUAUCAAUACUGCGAUGCCGAGUCGGGCUCCACUGGCUCCGGGGUCUACCUGCGUCUCAAAGAGCCAGACAGAAAGAACUGGAAACGCAAACUCAUCGCCGUCUACUCCGGCCACCAGUGGGUGGACGUCCACGGCGUGCAGAAGGACUACAACGUGGCGGUGCGCAUCACUCCCCUCAAGUUCGCCCAGAUUUGCUUCUGGAUUCACGGGGAUGAUGCCGACUGUACUUACGGAUAACAGGAACCUGGCACCAGGCCAUGGGCCACCUCACCGCAGAGAAAACCGGCUCUGAUUAGUGUAGCAAGACCACUUCAUAGGUGAUGCCUGGACUUGAACCCUAUUAGUAGCAUUUCAACAUUUUUAUAAAGUUUCAAAAUUAGGAGAUUUUCCUACAUUUAAAAAACGUUUAGGUAAAGAUAUUGGAACUAGACGGGCAUUUCGAUGCCCAGUAUAUAUUCUUCUUUGCAUGGUGGUAAGUUUGGUUUAAGGGGGAAAAAAAAGUUCUUUCUGCCUUUUUAAAAAUUAGACUCUUUAAAACUUCAAGCUGGUACUUUAAUGUGAUUUCUCAAUGGACUUAUUCUCAGGGUCCUACUCUAAGAAGAAUCUAAUAUUCUUUUAAAGAAUUAAUAUUCUUUAAUAUGCCAGUUGCAUAUUAAAUGUGAAACUGCAGAUACAGAGGUAGACAGUAACACUUUCAACCAAGUUAGAGACAAAAAUUUGCAACACUUAGUACUACUCUGAGAUGGACCCAUUCAGUUCAUGCCCUCAGUGUGUAUAUUGUUUUCUCUUGGGUCUGAGAAACUUUAGGUUUUUUUUGUU